AUGAUGAGAGAGAAAAAGAGAGAGAGAAAAAGAAAGCAAGAGAAAGAGGGUUGGAAUCAGAGAGGGAGUAGCAGAGCCACCGAGGUACUGAGGGAGGCAUUCAAAGCAGGAGAUUUUUUGUUUUGUUUCUUUUUUGCGUUUUGCCACAGAGGAGAGCUGCUGGUAUUUUCUCUGUUUUCCCUUUUGAGAAAGGUGAGUCUAAUUUUACAAGUCUAAAACAUGGCCAGAGGCUUUUUUCUGUUUCUCUAUGAUACUGAUUCUCUGUUCCUGCUGUGUAUCUGACUCAACAGGUUACACCAGUUAAAUGAAUCUUUAAAAAAAUCAUUUUAUGUUCAUUGAAAAAAAAGAAAUCAAUUUAGAGAUUAAAUUAUUUACAGAUUUAUCUGAUUCAACCACUUUUAGCAGGACUUUGCUUAUAUUAUUUUUACGUUAAUUUCAAUUAAAUGUAUGUUAUUUUGAUGGUUAUGAUACACCAGUCUGAAUUCUCAACAAAGUUUUUUGAAUAAUCUGUAUGUGUUGGUUAAAAAAAGAUUAAUCAGUAAUUCUUCCAAAACCUCCCCAGAUUUUCUUGUUCUUCUUAUAUGGGUAUGUAUUCUAUUGAAAAUGUAAGGUUUGUCUCAUAUGUUAUUCUUUUGUCAAAGGUAGGUCUCAAUAUUUGUAUAUAAUAUUUGUCAUUAAUGCAUGAACUGCUAUAAAAAGGUAAAAAAUGCAAAUGAUUCCAAAUUCCACAUAAGAACAUAGUUAGAGUUCUGUAUUUUCAUCAAACCUAUUACCUUGUAUGUUGCAACCUGUCAAUUGCUUGCCUGAACAAAUAUGAGGCAUUUGUGCUCCCUCUUCUUUUUGCUUUCACAACGUCUAGAACACUGGAUUUUGUAAUUAAUUUAUACAAAACCAAUAAAGCAAUAGAUUUUGUACAAUAAAUCAAAAGAACCUACAUAUUAAUCUGAAUAAAUUCAAUUUGAUUUGAUGAUUAUUUGGUGACAUCACAACUGUAUUUUUAUUGCAAAUAAUCGAACACAAUUUUUCCUAAUAAAAUCUUCCUGUAGCUAUCACCUGCCUGCCUCAACAUGAACUUCACAGAGCAGAUUUCAUUCCUCUUCAGCUGCAACGCCAGCCCCAGUGAAACACCAAAGCUCGACAUCAGCGUCACCAAAAGUGAACCGCUGUCAGUUGCUGUCCCCAUGACGAUGUUUUACAGCCUCAUCUUCUUGCUUGGCGUCGCGUUCAAUAGUGUGAGCAUACUGACCCUCCUCAUGGAUGCUCAUAUGAGAGUCAGCGCCAUUCGUGUCUACCUUCUGAGCCUUGUUAUUUCAGACAUUUUGCAGCUGUUGACCAUCCCAGUCACUUUGUAUUGGUAUUACUGGGAGAGCUAUCCAUGGCGCCUUGGCCAAGCAGUGUGUAAAGUGUACUUCAUGGUCCGUCAGAUAUACUGCGCCACCACAAGCUGGGUUAUCGUGACCUUCACCACAGAGCGUUACGCAGCAAUAUGCCACACCAUGUGGUCCGUCUCCAGUCUGAAGAAGUCUCGACUGCCAUGUCUUGUCACUGUGUGGAUCGUUUCCCUGGUGUCCGCUGUGCCAUUUGCACUGGUUUACGACCAGGCCAGAGCCUGCAUCCUCGACUACACAGCAACCACACAAGAAGAUGCUUUUAAAGUCUCCACCAUGUGUGAAAUGACAGAGCCUGAUCCUGCUCAUAUCUACAAAGGAGCCUUACUCCUGAGAGCAGGACUCUUCUUCCUGGUUCCCCUGGUCUCCAUCUUUACACUUUACAUGUUCAUACUACUCCACCUACGGAAGAAUGGUCGUCAAAGGAGAAACAUGGGUCUUAUGAGGCCAGAUUUAGAGGGAAGGCGAGACAUUCAGUGCCAUCGGAAUGGAAAGCUACUUUUAAAUGAAAAGAGGGCUUUAAAACUAAUGGGUGCAGUUGUGGUGUCUUUUUUUCUCUUCAACUUUCCAGAUAUUGCAUCGUCACUCAUGCAGGUGUAUGUGGUUGUUUGGUCUGACAGAGUUCUUUCCAUCUAUACUGUCCUGAAAUCAUAUUUGUCCCUGCCGCUAUGGUACAUCAAUGGUGCUCUGGACCCGCUUCUGUUCUGUAUUUCCUCCCACACGUUUCGCAGGGCGUGCUGGAGAACAUUGAGAAGGCUCAGACCACGCUGCUUCUUGAGGUACCGGGGUCUGUCUUGGUUGAGGACACAAAGUUCUAGUGAGGAUGCAAGCACAAUGGCCAAGGAGAAGAUUGACAGAAAAUUUUGCAAAGCAAAAAGCGACAAAAAAGAAAAACUCUGAAAAGAGAACGGAUCAGGCAGAUGUGAAGAGCUGGGAAAGUUCUUUUCAAUGUUAGCUGCAACAAAAAGCACUGAACAAAAUGCUUUCUGCCAUGCUCUUAGAGACAAAACGUAUAAUUUUCUGCUUUCUCUCACUUCCUUUUGUUCAUGUAAUAUAAUGUCGGAGUGUCACUAAUGUAAAAAAAAAAAAGCUGAUCACAGUUGUUACUUGAAAACGCUGUAAAAAAUGCUUUCAAUGGUUACAACUAUGUAAUUGUAAGAUCCUACUUUGUAAAGUUAUUUCGUUAAUAGUUGGUUACACUGUUUAGUAAUAUUGCAUGCCAAUGGAGAAAAACUCCAUCCUACUUUUAAUGUUAUGUACCAUUAAAAACAAUAUUUUUUUCUUAACCUA